UAGCAAGUGUGCCUGAAAAUGGCUUCUAAGGCUAUUGCAACCAUAGCUUUUCUAGUCUCUCUCAACCUUCUCUUUUUCACUAUGGUCACUUCAACUUACGUCCCUUGCCCGCCACCGCCACCAAAGACUCCAAAACACCCAACCCCUGCGGCAGCUAAGCCCGCUGCCACUUGCCCGAAGGACACCCUUAAGCUCGGGGUGUGUGCCAACCUGUUGAAUGACUUGGUGCACCUUGUUGUUGGAACCCCACCAAAGACACCUUGCUGCAGCCUCAUCCAGGGUCUUGCUGAUGUUGAAGCUGCUGUUUGCCUUUGCACUGCCAUCAAGGCCAAGGUUUUGGGUAUCAACCUUAAUGUCCCCGUCUCAUUGAGCUUGCUGCUCAAUUACUGUGGAAAGAAUGUUCCCACAGGCUUCCAAUGUGCCUAAUGGUGUUGAAUCCCUCGAUUUUCUACUCAGUUUCCUUUUAUUUGAUUGUUUUCAGCACUUCCCAUUUGGGCUGUCAAUUGGUUUAUUGGACUCAUCUACUACUUGGCCUUCCACAUUCUAGUGGCAAUAAAUCAAAAAGGCCAUUCUUAGGGAGACAA